GAGUGACCUGGUGAGUGAGUGGGUGAGUGAGCUGGUGAGUGAGCUGGUGAGUGAGUGGGUGAGCUGGUGAGCCGAGAUGGCGGCAGCAGCAGGCGCCUGGGUGCGAUUCCUUGACGGUGUGGGCCGGGUGCUGCCUCGCAAGCUGCAGCCGGUGUGGAACCAUGAGGCGGGCCCAAGGACCGUGUUCUUCUGGGCUCCCACCAUGAAAUGGGGCCUGGUGAUCGCGGGAUUGGCUGAUCUCUUGCGCCCCGCCGACAAGCUCAGCGCCGCCCAAUCCGGAGUGCUCACGGCCACAGGCACGGUGUGGUCUCGCUACUCUCUCGUCAUCACCCCGGUCAACUACAACCUCUUCGCCGUCAACCUCUUCCUCGCGUUCGCUGGUGGCACGCAGCUCUUCCGCAUUUGGAGAUUCGACCAAGAGCAGAAGGCCAAGGCAAAGCAAGAGGAUUAGACGCAGCAUACACACACACACCCACACACUUGCCCACCCACACACUCGCCCACCCACACACUCGCCCACCCACACACUCGCCCACCCACACACUCGCCCACCCACACACU